AUGGUCUCUGCAUCCAAAGCCGCCCGCCAGGCCAAACGUGCCGCUGAAGGGGAUAAGAAAAAGACAGCCACCUCCAAGCUGUCAUCGAAGGCCAACUCCAAAAAUGUCUCCACCGCUUCUUCUGUUAAUGGUGAUGAUGCGGAGGAGGGCGGCACCAGCGCCGCCAAGAUGUCCGAUGUCAAGAAAUUAACAGAGCAGACGGACAAGUUCGGACUGUCAGAUCGUGUCACUACCGGUGUUUUGGCAUCUGUCCCAUCCAGCAGAGAUGUUAAAAUGUCGUCCAUCUCACUUGUGUUCCACGGACGAGUCCUUAUCACCGACUCUACUCUUGAACUCACUUACGGCAAACGAUACGGCCUUCUCGGAGAGAACGGAUGCGGUAAAUCCACUCUUCUAAAGGCCAUUUCCAAGAGAGAGUUCCCCAUCCCAGAGCACAUUGAUAUCUAUCUACUCAAUGAGGGUGCUCCCCCAAGUGAUCUCGGAGCUUUGGACUGGGUGGUUACAGAGGCACAGAACGAGCUGGACCGACUGGAGAAACUCGCCGAAGAGGUUUUGGAAAACGAGGGACCAGAUUCACCUGUCCUUGAGGAUAUCUACGAGCGAAUGGACGGCAUGGACCCAUCUACUUUCCACACCCGAGCAUCUCUCAUCCUUACUGGUCUCGGCUUCAACAAGGUCACCAUCAAGAAGAUGACCAAGGAUAUGUCUGGUGGUUGGAGAAUGCGUGUUGCUUUGGCCAAAGCUUUGUUCGUCAAGCCAUCUUUGCUUCUCCUCGACGACCCCACUGCCCAUCUUGACCUUGAGGCUUGCGUGUGGUUGGAAGAAUACCUAAAGAAAUGGGAUCGAACCCUCAUCCUCGUCUCCCACAGUAUGGAUUUCCUGAACGGUGUCUGCACAACCAUGAUUGAUAUGCGAAUGAAGCAGCUUAUGUACUAUGGUGGAAACUACGAUUCCUAUCAAAAGACUCGAGCUGAGCAGGAAACCAACCAGAUGAAGGCCUACCACAAGCAGCAAGAAGAAAUCGCUCACAUCAAGAAAUUCAUUGCAUCCGCCGGUACAUACGCCAACUUGGUGCGACAAGCUAAAUCCCGACAAAAGAUUCUCGACAAGAUGGAAGCCGAUGGUUUCAUCCAGCCUGUUAUCCCUGACAAGGUCUUCACCUUCAGAUUUGCAGAUGUUGAGAAGCUACCUCCACCAGUCCUUUCCUUCGACGACGUCACAUUCUCCUACUCAGGUGAUGCGAAGGACAACCUGUAUGAGAACCUCGACUUUGGUGUAGACAUGGACUCUCGAACCGCCCUUGUCGGCCCUAAUGGUGUUGGAAAGUCUACUCUUCUUCGUAUCAUGACUGGCAAGCUUGCUCCCACAUCGGGUAUUGUCACCCGUCAUACCCACUUGAAGCUCGGCAUGUACAGUCAGCACUCCGCUGAGCAGCUCGACCUGACCAAGAGUGCUCUCGACUUCGUUCGUGACAAGUAUUCCGAGAAGAGUCAAGAUUAUCAGUACUGGCGUCAACAGCUAGGCCGAUAUGGCCUUUCUGGUGAAUCUCAGACUGCCCUUAUGGGAACUCUUUCUGAGGGUCAGAAGAGCAGAAUCGUCUUUGCUAUCUUGGCCAUUGAGAGUCCCAACAUGCUGUUGCUCGACGAACCUACUAACGGAUUGGAUAUCCCCACCAUUGACAGUUUGGCUGAUGCUAUCAAUGCUUUCAGUGGCGGUGUCGUUGUCGUUUCUCACGACUUCAGACUCCUCGACAAGAUUGCCAAAGACAUCAUGGUGUGCGAGAACAAGACUGUCCGCCGAUGGGAUGGUACUAUCGGCGAGUACAAGAACCACCUCCGAAAGAAGAUGAUCAACGCCGGCCAAGUCUAA